CAAUUUCUCCCAGCAAAACUCCACCGGAAGUCCAGCUCAUCCUCCAGACUCGGCUCCAGAUCGUGCAGAAAAGAGCGUGUUUGGUGAAAUUUUACGGCGUUAUUUCACUCAUUCCCUUCAUGUCUCCGCGCUGAUCCGUUGUUUGGAGCUGAAAUACCCCGGUACCAUGGCCCACCUCACACAAAACUCCGCCGACAAAGAACGGUUUAUCUGUUUGUACCCAAUUUAUAUCAACAGUAAAAAGACUUUAGCUGAGGGACGGAGGAUUCCCACAGAGAAGGCUGUAGAAAAUCCAUCAUGCACUGAGAUCAGAGAUGUGCUAACAGCAGCUGGCCUCAAUGUUUAUGUAGAGGGUAUGUGUUUUUGCGUUUCAGAAUAAAUGCAUCCUCGAGAGUGGAACAGAGAUGUGCAGUUCAGAGGGAGGGUUCGAGUGCAGCUCAAACAGGCCAGUGGAGAACUGUGCAACGACAAGUUCAGCUCACGCAAAGAUGUGAUGUUCUAUGUGGCAGAGAUGAUUCCAAAGUUGAAGACACGCACACAAAAGAGCAGUGGAGCAGACAGCAGCUCUCAACCAGGAGACGGAGGCAAGAAGAGCAAGAAAAAGAAGAAAUAAACCCUUGAGCCUCACACUAAUUUAUCAGCAGCCAUCUUUUUUAUUUUUGGAGGAAGCAAGCAGACAAAGUCAUAGUGAACAUUUGAGUUUUUGAAGAUUUGAUGUGGACUAAAUUAAAAGAACCAUUUGUUGAACAGUGUGUUUUUGUGCAAGAAAUAAAAUAAAUUGGCUUUUCUGCAGAGUCAUGA